GGGGGAGGAUCUGGAUGGAGGGGGAAUGGAGUUAGGCAGAGAUACCCCUUACACAUACAUCUUCCAGAAACAUUUGUGGAAUGUGCAGGGCUCCCAACUCCAACCUAAAAAUGAGAGGGGGUGGGAAGGGACUAAACCCAGAGCCACAUUCCAGGAUAAGUAAGGUGGGAGUGUAAGCAAAGAGAGGGUUGGGCCAGAGGGAGGGCAGGAAAGGGAGGAUGACUGCUAUAUAAUGGUUGGACACAGGAUUCACACAACCAGGGUCUGAUUGCAAUGGCAGAAGGCCCUAGGGCUCAUCACCCACCACCUUACAGUGGAGGUGGGGACUUUGAACCUCGAGACCCACUGGACUGCUGGGCCUGUGCUGUGCUAGUCACAGCCCAGAAUCUGCUUGUGGCCACUUUCAACCUCCUGCUGCUGGGUGUGGUGUUAGGAACAAUACUGCUGCCUGCCCUCCUCAUGCUGGGCUUUGGCUUCCUCUGCCACUCAAAGUUCCUACACUCUCAGGCACUCCCUUGUACUGCCCACUUUCAAGACCCAGGAUUCACAGUGCUGCUGGUGGUGGGUUUCCUGCUCCUGGUGCCUUUGCUGAUUCUCGCAUUAGCUGGUUACCGCCGCCUCUACUGCCGUCUCCGUCUUGCUGACUGCCUGGUACCCUAUAGCCGAGCCAUUUACCAGAAUGGGGGCCUCUCCCACUCUGCAACUCUAAGAGCUCCCAGAGGAUCACAAUCUCUUCCCACUGCCACCAGCAAAGUCUGGGUCUGAAAGGCCCAUCCCUCCCUUCCCCAAUUUAGCUAAAAUAGUCCAUCCUAAUUGCCAAUUUAAACCUCUAGGAUCCUACCUGUGCCAUCUAUUAGAUAUAUGGAAAUGGGGAAUGUUUGGAUUGAUAUUAAUAGAAAAUAAUCUGGACUAAAAAUGAAAAAUCCCCAUCUUUGGAGAAGUUCAUUCCCUUUCCUUGUGUACAUCUGAAAUACAUUCCAUGCUACAUUUGAACAUGGGGGCUAGAAGUCACUUUUGAGUUUUGGCAUACCUGAACAAUCUCUGAAAUAACCCUAAAGUCAAAUUGCUCCACGGGGGCAGUUAAACAAUGUUGAAAAGUUUGAACUAUCAGGGUUCAUGAAUAAAGGGUUAAUGAAUUUGCUUCA